AUGAUGAACCUCACAACAAGCCUCGACCCGUCAAUCAUUGCGCAACUCAACUUUGCCGACAAGUCCGACCUGCAAGGGCUGAUGAUAGGCGGGUUCACCGCGCUGCUGUCAAUAGUGCUCAUUGUCAUCUCCUUGAGGAUCUAUGUACGUGUCUGGAUGGCGAGGAAAGUCCAGGCAGAUGACUAUCUUAUAUUUGCGGCUACAGCGUUUAACGUGUCAGUAUUUGGACUGUCAAUGAAAGGCAUUGAUUAUGGGUUUGGAAAACACAUAUGGAAGGUGGCGCCAACGCCCACGGGGAUGUUCGAGGCCUUUGCAAAGUUCUACCCCUUGACGAUUCCCCUCGCCGUGCUCUUCAAGAUGAGCUUCAUCCUGACCAAGCUCUCCAUCGUGGUGGCCCUGCUGCGGGUGUUUGGGAGCGAGCGGCUGCUGCGCAACGUCAUGAUAACCACGGGCGUCGUGUCCACGGCUGCCACCUUCUCCGUCAUGAUGCUGUACAUCUUCCAGUGCUCGCCCCUCGAGGCCGGCUGGAACUUGAACCUAGUCGCCGGCGCGAGGUGCUUCAGCGUCGUCACGCUGUCGCAGGGCGGCAGCUGGGUCAUCAUAGUCACGGACCUCAUCUUUUGCUUCUUUCCCAUGCCGUAUCUGUGGCGUCUGAACAUGGCU